AUGGAUCCCGCUCCGCACCUCAGCACUCUGCCCGCAGAGAUCUUGCAGCUCAUCAUUGACCAGACACAUCCCUCGGGCCACUGGCCUCUUGCGCAAACAUGCCGGUACCUGUAUCAAAACAGCGAACGUGUUCUCAAUCUUCACCGCGAAGCGUACCGAAAUUUUAGAAUUACAUCAGAUCUGGACCCAAUAACCGUUUUCAACCUCCUCUGGAGUGUUUUCAGCCAUGGCGUCGCCCAUAUCGAUGCGUGGCACGUCAGGGAGUUCGAGGUUUGGGGCGAAAGGGACCCUGGCUGGGGAGAGGACUCGGAAGCGGACUCUGACAUAGAUGAGGACUCAGAAGUGGACUCGAACCCUGACGAGGCUCUACUCGAUGAAAGGAGCGAGGCGCUUCCUUGGUCGCCUCCCGAGUUUGAUAUCGAUUACUUCUGCGAGGAACUGCUGAAGGUACCGGAUUUCUUUCCCAAGACCGACGAACAGCAGUGGGGCGAACAUGUCCGUUAUGGGCUAGAGACUGGCCGCGAGACCAUCACUAAAAGCCUCAUGCUGGUCCAUCUGCCGCGAAUCAGGGCAAUACGCUGUGCUAAGGCUGGUCGAGAAAGGCAUCCAUGGGUUGAGAUGCUAUGUGAGUAUAUCUACUGGUGCAAAGCUGCUGGGACAUGGCUGCCAGGAUUGGAAACGCUUGAAAAGGUAUUUGUCUCUAUCCCCCCCGAUGGUGGGUAUCGAAGAUUGAAUACUGGUCCAGAUGAGUUCGCCGCUCUACUAUGUCUCCCGAACUUGUCUGAAGUAUACUUCGCGCACCUGGAUGGAGACUUUGAGCUUUCUGAUCUGGGCGUAGAUCUGUUCACCAACGGCCCUCAAGCCCCAUUCGACAAGACAUCACCCGUCCGGACCAUUAUUCUUGAUCAUCUAGAAAAUAGCCUGAGCAAAAAGUUGAUAAGCUUUCUAGCUAAGAUGCCGCAUGCACUUCAAAAUAUCGCCAUCCGCUUCCAAGUCAUUUACGAUCAUGAGGAGCGUUCACGAAGUGCGGCGUCAUUGGCCGAAGCCCUCUCCGAGCAUCAGUGCAAAUCCCUACAGCGGGUUUGUUUCGACGCCGACAUAUUCCCUGACUGGCCAUUCUUCAUGCCAGGCUUAGACCUAAAGGUUAUGCGCUUAUUUGAUGACCUUCGAGUGGUUAAAUUGGACUGGCCCGGUGUGGAAAUGAGCCUGGCCGAAAGUGAUGAGAACUUGCCCCGAGAAGAGCUUUUGGACCGACUGUAUAGGCUUUUUCAACUCUGUCUUCCGAAUAAGAUGGAGAUCUUAGUGCUCAACCUUUUUGAAGAAACUGCCGGUGUGUUGUUGACUGGUGAGCUUGCUCGAGGCAAUCGCGACAACUUGGGAUAUGUCGACGAGGCAAUUGAGGCAGCAAUUAAGUCGACGCGAUAUGACAAUCUUAAGGCUGUCAUGCUGGGCUAUAUUCAAAUAUCUCUGCAACACACUGCCGGUGGCGAUUGGUAUUUCCCCAAGGCCGUUAAAGCGGCAGAAGAGAGGGGAAUCUACAUUGGCCUGAAAGGAGACGUGCCACCACCCGGGCUCGGCCUCGAUGGCACUUUCGUGCCAGUUCCGACGAGAAGUUGCAUGGUGACGGGCAGGCUUAGGACAGAGUAA